UGAGUCGGAGGAAGCGACUUCCAACUGUAGUAUAAUAGAGCCGGGCCACAUCGUUCCUCCCCAUCUCAUUUCACCAACUGCGGUGAACACGUGAGAAGCUUCUGCGCGAGUUCGACAUGCCUGGCAGUCCCCCAAUUAGCUCUCUCGACUGCCGCAGUUCGGAUAGACUAGUGCCGCUGUCGACCAGUCCCUGCAGAACCAGCAACAACAGGAGCAACAGGAGCUGCGGUGUGGGUGGGUAGAUCAUUGGGGCAUUUGAUGAUUGAUGGGUACCUGGACUGCUCCAAGUAGCAGAACGUGUUCUAUGAUAGGCAGCUCGAUUCCCACGCCCCCCACCGGUCGCACUCCGCACCUGCUUGUUUGGGAUGCACUAUCGCUGCCAAACCUGCAGGGCCGCGCACCGCCAGGUUCAUGUUCUCGGUCAAACGUGAAUCGAGAUAACAGAUUCGCGUCCUGCAUAGCUCUCAGCUGGAGCGCCACAUAAACCACCCUCGGCGAACUGCGACGUUGCAGUCACGCCACCCAUUUCGAUCGAGCGGCCUGCCCUCCAGUUGAGAGCAUUCAGCGAGCUCUCGAUCGAGUUGCAGGUACGUCGAGAUGGAGCCCUUGACCAUGGAGCCAUCGAGGAAGUCCUCUUCGCGGAGGUCCAACGCCAGGAGGUCGUCGGCACGCAUCCAUGACUUGGCGAUCACAAUCCUCGAAGACGGCACGAUUGAUAUGAUGCCCGCCGUCGACAUGGAUCCCGCCGCUGCGGUCUACUUCGAGAAGGGAGCCGAGGUUUUACUCGGCAAAGAGAUACCUGUCACGACUCCGCCUCCCGCUAAAGACCCCCCAAAGUCGACGAAGUCGACGAGAUCGGACAAGUCACGCCUCGCGGUGCUCCUCAAGGAGCAGGACUGGUUCAGCAUAUACAAGCGCUUCGCCGCAAUCAGUUUCCUCACCAACGUGGUUCUCUUCAGCGUCGCUGUCUCCGGGCACUGGCCUUGUGCGCGCGACAACGCAGCCCUGCUCUCUCUCGCGAAUGUGGUCGUGCUCAGCCUGUGCAGAAACGAGGUCUUUCUGCGGAUGGUGUUUUGGCUGACGGUGCUACUGUUCGGGCACUCCUGGGUUCCGCUCAGGCUCAAACUGUGGAUUACCCACGCCCUCCAGAACUUGGGCGGCAUCCACGCCGGGUGCGGCGUCGCUUCCCUUCUGUGGGCAGUGUAUGCUCUGGCGUGGCUCGCUGAGCACAUCCACCGAGUUCCCAAAUCCUCGGUCGCCAUCCUGUCGGUGGUGUUCGUCCUGCUUCUCAUUUGUUGCCUUGCGGCAUGCCCCUUGGUCAGACACGUACAUCACAACGUCUUCGAAAACGCACAUCGGCUGUGUGGCUGGGCUGCCUUGGGCCUCAUCUGGGCUUUCAUAGUCAUAUCCGCCACCUACGACCCCUUCACCGGCGAUUUCUACACCAACGGCGACCGAAUCGUCCGCCGCGUGGACAUCUGGUUCGCCGCCGGGCUCACCGUCGUCAUCUUUCUGCCGUGGACGCUAAUCCGCAGAGUGCCCGUCCGCGCCUCCAGCCCCGACGAGUCCGUGUCGCUCAUCACCUUCCCGGACGGACUGCCGGUGGGAGUGCUCGGCCGCAUUGCACGCAACCCGUUGAAGGAGUGGCACGCCUUCGGAAUCGGCUCGGACGGGUUCUCGAAGAACAUUAUGAUCUGCGGAGCCGUGGGAGAUUUCACCAAGCGCCUCGUCACCCACCCGCCCACUCACCUAUGGACCAGGACGGUCCGCUUCGCAGGGGUGGCGUAUUUGGCCAACAUGUACAAGAGGGCUGUGUUCGUGGGAACGGGCUCUGGGCUGGGACCGUUUCUGUCCUUCAUCAUGCAGCCCAGCAAGGUGGACGUGCACCUCAUCUGGAUCGCCAAGGAUAUCCCCAAGGCGUACGGAAGGAAAAUUACAAAAAUCCUCGACAGGUAUCCGCAGGAGAAGCUGAUCGUACAUGACACGGCUUUCAUGGGACGCCCCAACUUGGUGAAGUUGGUGGUGGACAGGGUGCGCGAGUGCGGAGCGGAGAUGGUGAUCGUGACGAGCAACCCCGCAGGAAGCAAGAAAGUGAUCGACGGCUGUGCAGAGGCAGGGAUCCCUGCUUACGGUCCGAUCUGGGAUUCGUAGACAUGCGCGCGGUUGAGACAGCCAGUGCCGAUUCUAGGCCAUAGUAGGUCGCGAUAGAUCAUAGCGAGAGGCGGCGUUGUUCUCCACGCCGUCAACUGUACGACUAAUUCUGCUUCUAUUAAUUUUAGUUUCAGCGAAAUCUAAGCGGAAAUUCAAAACCCAACAAGAAAAUAAAGAGUACGGGAACGUCACUGGGUCAUAGAGGCGGAGCUUGCCAAGCCACCCAGACCCCAGCAUCCGGCAGCGACAUCCACGAUAUGAGCGGGGAAUUAAGCGGCCCGAAGGAUCGAAUCGCGUGUAGGAAGAACGUAGGAAGAGUUGGAAGAAGUGGAGCGCGAUUGAAUCAAUUGGCGAUUCAGAACCCAUCCACGAUCUGGUGAGUACUCAUGGCAUGCGGGAGUCGUCAGAUCUACGAUGAACUUGAUCCAACAAACCACCGUGCGUCAUCCGGGGGAGGGGAACUUCAGUAUCGACGUAGUUUGUACGACAGACGUCCAACCGAAUCAUCUAUCGGGCUGUAAGAGAUCAUGCGGUGAUUUGUCACUUUUGACGACCGGUUGCGGCGAUCGAGUUCAACCUCAACCUGAUUCGUCAGCACUGCCGAACGCUUUGUGCUGUUUCUGGUAGUCAGCGGGGGCGUCCUCCUUUCUGAAGGUAUCGUAGAGCUAGAGCUGAAUGAUAAAUCCUCGACGGCGAAUGCUGUCGGUGAUUUACUCCACACCCAGAUCUGCCUGGGAAGGAGGAGACCCAAUCUGGAGCUGCAUUCCACCGGGUGACACCCAGCUUGUGUAGCAACGGAUGCAAAACUUCGUGUUUCUAUUGGUAUAUAAUAAAAAGACUUGAGGUGCACCUACCACGGAGCACCCAGCUUGUUAUGUCGAAAGGCACUA